GAUGUAUAUAUAAUUAAAACUUGUUAAUAGGGGCUUGUUAAUUUUCGCGUGUCUCGGAACAGCGUUGCUGUCUUGAAAUCCCGUUCCACACUGAUCUCCCACUGUUAGCCGUGUAUAGAUGCCCCAAGAAACGCUACUCCAGGGCCCCGACUGGUUUGGCUCCUCAGAAAAUCCAAAUCUACGCAGUUAUUGAUUUGAUCUCUAUUUUCAGCCUUCUCAAAAAAGUGUCAUUCUGUUUCUACCUACUCCAACUCCUGCUCCUCGCCCAGCAUACCCCGUCCGAGCCCCUACUUUAGUCGCCUAGUGGUUUCGCUGGCCUGAACCUCGCCCAAGAGCUCCUGACCUCCGCCUUCACCUCUCCGACCGCACCUCCCCUAUCCUCCGCGAUGGCGUCGGCUCUUUUCUUCCUAGAUUUGAAGGGCAAGACCCUUCUAGCCCGAAACUAUCGCGGAGACAUUCCUAUGUCCGCCGUCGAGAAAUUCCCCAUCCUCCUCAGUGACGCCGAAGAAGAAAGCUCCGCUGUACCGCCAUGUUUCUCUCAUGAAGGAAUCAAUUAUCUCUAUAUCCGUCACAGUAACCUCUACAUCCUCGCCUUGACAAAGAAAAACACCAAUGCGACCGAAAUCCUCCUUUUCCUCCACAAGAUCGUGGAAGUGUUCACGGAAUACUUCAAGGUCUUGGAGGAGGAGAGUAUUCGCGACAACUUUGUCAUUAUCUACGAAUUGCUCGAUGAGAUGAUGGAUUUUGGAUACCCACAAACUACGGAAAGCAAGAUCUUACAAGAGUACAUAACACAAGAAUCACACAAGCUGGAAGUGCAAGCCCGGCCGCCCAUCGCAGUCACAAAUGCAGUCUCCUGGCGAAGCGAAGGUAUCCGCUACCGCAAGAACGAAGUCUUCCUCGAUGUGGUCGAAUCGCUCAACCUCCUCGUAUCUGCGUCUGGCAACGUGCUACGAUCGGAGAUUCUGGGUGCUGUAAAGAUGAAGUGUUAUCUGAGUGGUAUGCCAGAGCUGCGUCUCGGUUUGAACGACAAGGUCAUGUUUGAGACAACCGGGCGGGCCACGCGAGGGAAGGCUGUUGAGAUGGAGGACGUUAAAUUCCAUCAAUGUGUCCGACUGUCUCGAUUUGAGAAUGACCGCACAAUCAGCUUUAUCCCGCCGGACGGAGAGUUCGAGCUGAUGAGCUACCGCCUGAACACGCAAGUCAAGCCUCUUAUCUGGGUCGAGUGUCUCGUCGAAUCGCACUCCGGUUCCAGGAUGGAAUACAUGUUGAAGGCCAAAGCCCAAUUCAAACGCCGCAGCACCGCCAACAACGUUGAAAUUGUCGUCCCCGUCCCUGACGACGCCGAUUCCCCCCGCUUCCGUACAAACAUCGGCACAGUUCACUACGCUCCCGAGCAGUCCGCCAUCGUCUGGAAGAUCAAGCAAUUCGGUGGCGGCAAGGAGUUCCUCAUGCGCGCCGAACUUGGUCUCCCCUCGGUCAAGGGCGACGACGAACUCGGUGGCGGUAUGACUGGUGGGUUUGGAGGCAGUAUGGGCGGUACGGCCCAAGGCAAAGCGAAGCGUCCGAUCAACGUCAAGUUCGAAAUUCCUUAUUUCACCACUAGCGGUAUCCAAGUAAGAUAUUUGAAGAUUACGGAACCUAAGUUACAAUACCCAUCCCUUCCGUGGGUCAGAUACAUCACUCAAUCCGGCGAUAUUGCCGUCCGUAUGCCUGAUGUACAAUGAUGUAAAGCUUCUCCUUCACUUUUUCUUAUUUGCAUUGUUUAUACGCGUUAUACAGUAGUUGAAAUAGAUGGUUUCUUACUUUACCUGCAGUUGUUAAUCCUACUGUAUUAAUGAUGUUCAGUU